AAUCCCUUCGUUCUUCUUCCUCUUCACUCUCACCGUCCCACCAAAAUCCUUCUCCUCACCAAAACGCCGUCGUUCCAAAGCUCUGCAUGCGCAUCAAUGUCGACGCAGACGCACCAUGUUCGUGACACAAUCGAACUCACCGAAGUCGAACAAAAAAUCUUCGAUAGACUUCUCGCCACUCAACUUCACUUCAAACUCAAAACUGACAUCCGAGUCGCCGGUGGUUGGGUUCGCGAUAAGCUUCUGGGAAAAGAUUCAAAUGACAUUGAUAUUGCUCUUGAUCAUAUGAUGGGUAAGGAGUUUGCGGAUAAAGUCAGAGAGUAUUCCUUGUACCUUAAGGAAGAUGCGCCAAGUGUUUGUGUUAUCGAAAGCGACGCUGAGAAGUCCAAACAUCUAGAAACAGCCACGAUGCGUUUGUUUGGUAUCUCGAUUGAUUUUGUCAAUCUGAGGUCCGAGAAAUACAAAAAGGAAUGCAACAUUCCUGAGCAAACGUUUGGCACAGCUGAAGAGGACGCAUACAGGCGGGAUUUAACAAUUAACAGUUUAUUCUAUAAUAUCAACAAUGGCGCAGUUGAAGAUUUUACUAAGAGAGGAAUCUCAGACCUUAAGUCUGGAAAGAUAGUGACUCCUUUACCUCCAAAGGCCACCUUUCUUGAUGAUCCAUUACGAGUUCUUCGAGCCAUUCGAAUGGUAGGUGCUAUCCUUGAUUUUACUCUAGAUGAAGAUCUAAAAGGAGCUGCUGCGUGUGAUGAUGUGAAAAAUGAUCUAACUGUGUAUAAAAUUAGCAAAGAGCGCAUUGGAAAGGAGGUUGAUCUAAUGAUAACUGGAAAUCAACCUGUCAAAGCAAUGACUUAUAUUUGUGAGCUUACACUAUUUCAGACUGUCUUUACUCUUCCUGAGCAUGAACUUGUCAUUUCGGAUGAAUGUGAAAGGCUCUGCAUUUCUUACUUGGAUAAUGCAUCGAAACUUAUCCAUUUACUUGGAGAGUCAACCUUUACUGUUGAACAAAGAAGACUUGCACUUUAUGCUGCUUUGUUUCUGCCACUCAGAAAUAACACUUAUAAAAAGAAGGCCAAGAAGAUUCCUGUUGUCAAUCGUAUCAUUCUUGAGUCCCUUAAGUUUAAAGCUAAGGAUGCAGAAACGGUUCUUGACUUACACCGAUUGUCAUAUCAAUUCUUGUCGUUGAUUCCUUAUCUCGCAUCUGGUGAGGAUAUGCAAGCAUCAAAUCUUGAUUGGAUGGGAGACUUGAUUGAUGUUCCUGUCUCUUCUCGAGCCCGGGUAAUAACAGGGUUUCUCUUAAUUGAGCUUAGAGAUUUUUGGCGGGUUGUACUGUUGAUAUCCAUUCUAUUACAUCCCAUUGACACUGAGAAUGAGCACUCACAGUUGGAAAAACGAAGAUAUUUGUUUAAUGCCGUGGAGAAUUCUAUAAUGAAAUUAGGCCUUGAGAAAGUAUGGGACGUAAAACCAUUGAUCAAUGGCAAAGAUGUUAUGAAGGUUCUACAGCUUAAAGGAGGGCCGCUUGUUAAGGAGUGGCUGGACAAAACAAUGGCUUGGCAACUUGCCAAUCCAUCCGGAACUUCAAAGAAAUGCAUUGAGUGGUUGGAAGAAGCCAAUUCUAAGAGAGUAAAGUUGGAGUGAGGUUCACUGAUGCAGGCAAAAUUAUGGUAAUGAGGACAGUAUAUUCUGCAAGUAAUUUUGACCCACUUUCUAGCAAUGGGGGUGCUCCUAUGAACUGCAAGAAGAGAAAAGUUGAUGAAUUUUCUGAUUAACAUCUCAUUGUUUCCAAUCAUAGUCUAAGUAGAGGUAUUGCAAAUGUACAUGAACGUUGGACAACACAAGCCAUUAACGACAGUAACUAAGUAAAAUGACAUUGAAUAAAAAAAAA